GAUGCCCGCGUACUCGGCAUUCGUUAGUCGGUGGAGUGAGUAUCGUAGUUGAUAAUCGACUUUUCCGAAGAAAAAGUGUUACCUUGCGUGCCGUCUUCGUAGUUUUAUGUAAACAAAAAUACGUAACUUCACUUUUUCAUUGGUGAAUGAUUGAUAAAAUCCAAAGCCUAUUGAGGACGGAUAAAUUCGAACAAUAUGGAUAAAGAGCCAGGUGCUGUUACAGAACUAGAUACGUUCAUUCCGAAAGAAAGCAAUGGGGCUGUUAAGUAUGAAAUUACGAAAGGACUUGAUGCAGAGGCAGCUAACGCACUUAGUGGAGAGUUCGAUCCAUUUAAAGCCCGUGUCUUAGAACACCCUACUUCAAACACUGAUACUUUGAUACAUCUACUGAAAUCAUGUUUAGGAACAGGAAUUUUAGCAAUGCCUGCUGCUUUCGCAAGUUCAGGUUUAGUUUUAGGAAUAUUUGCUACAAUACUUGCAUCACUGAUAGUGACCCAUUGCUCAUAUAUUUUGGUUGUCUGUGCUCAUGAACUGUAUAAAAGAGCGGGGAAGACCCAAAUGUCUUUUGCUGACAUUGCAGAAGAAGCUUGCGUUCGUGGUCCGAAAUGGGCUAGGAAAUUUGGGCCUUCAGGAAGGAAAGUGGUUGAUAUAGGGAUCUUUAUUACUUAUUACGGUACUUGUAGUGCAUACGCCGUAAUAGUGGCUGAGAGUUUUCUUAUGAUUUUCGAACAUUAUUUGGACUUCAAAAUAAACAUUCGACUAGCUAUUGCAAUCCUGUUAGUGCCUUGCCUCUUACUUUGCUACGUUCCAAAUUUGAAACACUUGGCUGCAGUUUCCAUGUUGGCAAACGUGUUCAUGGGCUUGGGUAUAGCCAUUACCAUUUACUACCUCAUGAUCGACAUUCCACCAAUGAGUGAACGACAACUGGUUGCACCGAUUUCGCGAUUUCCGGCCUUCUUCAGUAUUACAGUUUUUGCACUGGAAGGAAUUGGUGUCGUAAUGCCCCUCGAAAAUAAUAUGGAAAAACCUCAAAACUUUGUUGGUAUUUGCGGAAUCAUGAACAGGGGGAUGUCUUUCGUCACUUUAAUUUACAUUUUUCUGGGAUUUUUCGGUUAUCUCAAGUAUGGCGAGUUAGCAAAAGGUUCCAUUACUCUAAACUUACCUAAAGAAGAAUAUUUGGCUCAGUCCGUUCAAAUUCUGAUAUCACUGGCAGUAUUAAUGACGUUUGCAUUACAAUUUUUCGUGUGUCUGGACAUCGUAUGGAACAACUUGAAGCACAAAUUCGAAUCGAAACCUUUGAUGUCGAACUACAUUUUGAGAACGGUAAUGGUGGUAGUAGCCAUUGCUGUAGCUGUCGCGGUGCCAGACAUUAAACCAUUUAUCAGUCUUAUUGGAGCGCUUUGCUUUUCCAUCAUAGGUCUCAUGGUACCCGUAUUCAUUGAAAUAAUUACGUUUUGGGAUAAAGGUUUCGGAAAAUAUAAUUGGAAAAUUUUCAAAGACGCUAUAGUUAUUAUAACUGGACUCUUAGCUCUGAUUUUCGGCACCAGCUCAGCGUUACAGGAUAUUGCUGCAUUAUACACGAGUAAAUAGUAGUGAUAAUGUUUUUUUUAUUUAGAUCUUUUAUUUAUAGUAUAAUUUUCUUAAUUUUUAAAACGAGCGAUUGAAUAAUGAGUGAAUUUGAAACUGUUGGUCGGAAUGCACUGAUUUUCAAAACUAGAACAACUAGAAAAAAAAAUUAAAUUAAUAGUAAAAGGACCAGAAAAAUUGAUACGCACUAAACUCGAAUUUUUAAAUUAAUUAAACUGCCUGUUUGUAACUUUAAUGAAUGGGAAUAAAUGGAAUUUUUGUAUUGCUCUUUUAGUAACAUCAAUAGAACGAUAAACAAAUUUUUAGGCGUAUUUAACAAGCAUUUUUAUAAUGUCUGCACAAAAGACGUUCACUAAGAUAUUUUCCUAUAAGUUUAUUAUAAAUUUCUAGUAAUAGUACCCUUCAUAUUUAAUUAAUUCUUGUAAUUAAUUAAAUAAUUUGGAAGUGUAUUUUUAUUGGGCUUAAAAAAAUAAAUGAAGGAGAGACCGGAAGGUAUAAAUGAUAAAAUCGCAUCUUAGUAUAUUUUAAGGUGUACAUGGGUAUAGAACACAUUAUAUACUGGGUGGUUUAUUUAAAAUAAGAUCUCAAAAUUGUUGUUAUAUUUUUAAAUCACUUUAUGACAAUACCUAGUUCACAUUUAUUACAAAUAGUACCUUUAUAAAGAAAAAAAAAAGGAUUUUGCUUCUAAAAUAGGUGUGUCUAAGUCGGAAAGAAUGAAAGGAUGUAGACAUGGAGAAAAUAGAAUUAAAGUAGGCAAGCGAAUCGAAAAUGAAAAGAAACAAAAAAUGAUAUGUAUUAUCUGGCUCUUUUUAUUUUGAGCGUGUGCAGUUGAUAGCUGUGCUUAUCAAUUAGGAAUUGGGAGCGUUAUUAUAAAGAAAAGUAAUGUGAAUUAAACAAAGAUAGAGAUUUACAUUACUUUUCAUCUCAUUUACUUAACUGCAUGGGUCGUGCCUACUGUAAUUAUUUUAUCUCAGUGGGUUAGAGGGAGAGCGAAUGACUCCUUCCCUCUUUUAAACUUCUGCACAUUACACAUUAUGAAAGACAGAGAUAACAGGACCUCGUAUCGUUUGCUCUGUCUUUCUAAGCAGCAGUUUCAACUUGUUUGCGGGCUCUAUUUUUUUUAUGUCUUUUACGAGUAUAUUGCAUGCAAGUUUGUAAUAAAUGGCAUGCAUAUUUAUUGGUGAUACCAAAUUGAAAAAUUUUGUUUGUCUAUUUUUUCUCUAACAUGAGAUAUUACUUCUUAAUUGCUUGUGGUAUUUAUUAAUUAUUUAUUCGUUUUCUAAACUGUAUCACUUUUAACUUGCAUGUCUUUUUAUUUUUUUUAUCUUUACAUAAAUAUUUAAUGGCAGGAGUUACGAUUUGUUGUGUCAUCAGUAUUUUACACUAAACAUCGAUAAUAUUGCAUUUAGAAUUAAUUGUGCCUUGAAACGUACACAAGUGCAUGAUGAGUUAGAGAGGCUUAAGUGCAGUGUUAUUGCUUUAAAAGACGAUUACUUUUCUCAGACAGUUAAAUUAGUUUAUUUAUUCUAACUAUAAAGUUGUAGUUUUAUUGUUAAAAGAAAUCAGCCGAGCAUACAGGGUUUUUGUAGCAAAUUUUUUAGAAAACUAUUUAUCAAAGUAGCUGCUUUAUUGUAAUUAGAUUGGUUUUAUAAUUUUUGUACCAAAAUGUGAAUUGUUUAGAAGAAAUUUACAAUAAAUGACUUUUCAACAGAA